CUCCAACCUCGUUUUAUUUCCCUCGUUGGCAUUGGACGUCAUCCCUUGGGCAAACACUAUAAAUCAUUGUUGCCUAGCCACGACAUCUGAUUCCACUGUUCAUUGCCACGUACUUGAUCUACGGGGCAGUUUACAAUGCUUGAUCUUUUCACGUCCUCCUGCCUCUUGCCAUCUCAUUCCCUUUAUGACUUCCCUCUCAGUGACGAAUGUCAUGACUCCAAACACGUUGCUUUCCAAUGCGGUCGUUCGUCCUCCACCACUUUUCCUCUUGUGCGGUCAGGAUUUGGUCGACAGCGCCACCGCAAUAUUAGGUUCCGUCUUAAUGCCGUCGUCUAUUACAAAAACAAACGCUCAUUUUCAAGGACAUACGUUCUACGACUCAAGGUCAAAAGCAUCGCCUCACGCCAGUUUUCGCAUUCACACAAAUCUCCGCAUUCAACACGCGUCUGCAGAGAAAAUAUUGAUUCAUCACCGACUCCACAAUCUUUUAGCAGCCAUGUAUAUUCCCAAAAUCUAUCUCAAUCCUCUUCCACUUCGUCCGGGCGCAGAUCAGCUCCAGAAUAUCCUCCUCCUCAUUUCGUUCGAAGGCAGCCCCGUAUUCAAGUCUCGUCCCUGUUAUCCGAAUCCUAUACUAGAACCUAUCAGCUCGAGGUCGUUCAACAGCCACAGAAAACAGCCGAGUUUCGGAAUGCCAGCCUUUCCCGGCUACCGCUCACCCCACCACUAGUUGCUAGACUUGUAGUGAGGGAUCCUUCGGGCAAUCCGGUCAUUCCCCAGCCGGAACUUCCAUUUCUCAUUGCCCAUCUGUCGCUCUAUACGGACAACGGGCUCACACGUAUGGACGGUGGUUACACAAUGGGCCAAGGACCGCCUCUGUUGUACGGGAAUUUAGUUUCGUCUCUAGACAUUCUCGAAGACCUUCAAGGAAACACGGGCCUGUUCUUUAUAUUUCCGGACGUGAGUAUACGGUGGUGUGGACGUUUCCAACUUGGUAUAUCUCUGUUGCGAAUUUCUAGACUCAUCUGGUAAUAUCAGCUUGGCUGAGCAAGGCACCGUACUCGCCGA